AUGGGGGACACCAAAUCAACAGAUAAUUCUCUUUCACAAAUGGUUAAUUUUGUUUCACAAUCCAGAAAGUUGCUUAGUUAUAUUACGGGAGAAAAGAAAGCACCUGUUGUGACUGAUGCUAGCUAUAGUCAGUGGGAUUCAGAUAAUUCUCUAGUUAUGACAUGGCUUUUGAAUACUGUGCACCCUCGAAUUUCUAAACAAUAUUUAUUGCUUGAUACUGCUGAAAAGAUCUGGAAUACCACUAAGCGCACUUACUCUCGUAAGGGAAAUGACGCUCAGGAAAUCGACUACUAUCAGGAUCUCCAAGCGAAGUGUACUGAUGAUGCAGUUCUCUUUCAAAAAUUGGUUGAAAAGGAAAGGAUAUAUGAUUUUUUGGCCGGUUUGAACCCAGAGUACGAUCAGAUCAGGGUUCAAGUUCUUGGUAAAGUUCCUUUUCCUUCUCUUGGGGAUGCAUAUUAUUAUGUUCAACAGGAAGAGAGCCGACGAGGAGUCAUGCUUUAUUCUGCACCAACCGAGAAGUCUGGGUUAACUGUGUCUCAUGAGCAAACAAAGGCGUUCACUUUUGAUAAAGAUCACUUGCACUGUGACUACUGUGGAAAACCAACUAGAGGUCGUGGAGGCAAGCGUGUCGGUCUAUCAAGGGGUCAAGCUAAUAUUGCAGAAAAUAUGGAAACAUUCAGAGAAAAUGCUUCAGGAGAAACUCUGUCUUCGGAGGAAGUUCAGCACCUUCGUCGUCUCCUGAAAAAACUUGACACUUCUAAUGUUGGGACAUCCAAUUAUGUGCAGUCAGGUUCUGUUAUCCGUACACCUGAUAUUACAUUGUCAUCUGUUCUUCAUUUACCUGAGUUUCCCGUUAACUUGUUAUCUGUUAACGCCAUCACCAAACAACUAAAAUGUACUGUCGAGUUCUUCCCUGAUUAUUGUGUGUUUCAGGAUCUUCAAACAAGGAAAAGGAUUGGCAGUGAUAGAUUGCAUGAUGACUUAUAUUGGAUUGAUGGAAUUCGAGCAUUUGGUAAAGCCUUUUUUGGAGGAAAUAAGACUGAGUUUGAAUCUUUGUCUUGUGAUGCUUGUGAAUAUUCCAAGCACACUAGAAACUCUUAUCCUUUAAGUGAUAAUAAAAGUACUAUCCCUUUUUCGACUAUUCACUCUGAUGUAUGGGAUUCCACUCAAACAUCGUUUCAUAAGAUGAUUUGUACCCAAUUUGAGGUUAAGAUAAAAAUCUUGCGAACUGACAAUGGCACAGAAUAUACGGGUAAAGAUUUUGGUGCUUAUUUGGAGUCUUUUGGGAUAAUUCAUCAAACUAGUUGUCCUUAUACUAGUGCACAAAAUGGGGUUGCUGAAAGGAAAAAUAGGCAUUUACUAGAAGUGGCACGAUCUCUAAUGUUUACUAUGAAUUUACCAAAACCUUACUGGGGGGAAGCCAUUCUAGUACCUGCCUACCUUAUCAAUAGAAUGCAACUUAAAAACCUCAAUUUUCAGAGUCCUUUGGAAGCUUUGAAGUGUAAGAAUGAUUAUAUUGUUCCUCCGAAGGUGUUUGGCUGUGUUUGCUUUGUUCACACUAGGAGUUCGGGAAAACUUGAUCCUAGAGCUAUUAAAUGUGGGGAGAGCUAUAAGAAUGAAGAGAUGAUUCCCACUGUUGAAAUGAUUCCCACUAUUAAAGCCACAAAGACAGGAGAAUGUGAAAUUGAAGAAAGAAUUCAGGGGGAAACUAUUGAGCAUUUGGAUAAACCUGAUUUGAUGACUUAUUUAAGAAAAAAGAGAGCUGAAGAAGUCAUCAUGCAAUCUACUGAAGCUCAACCCUCUUUUGCUAUUGAAACCUCUUCUACUGGUGAGUUAUCUACAUUUCCUUGUGAGUUAGAUGUACCUAUUGCUCACAAAAAAGGAGUCAGAUCUUGCACCAAACAUCCUUUAUCUAACUUUGUCUCCUAUAAUUCCUUAUCUCCUUCCUAUAGAGCUUUUGCCUUGUGUAUUUCUUUUGUGUCUAUUCCCCGGAAUUGGAGGGAAGCUUUUGCAGAUUCUAGAUGGAAGCAAGCUAUGAUUGAAGAAAUGAAGGCCUUGUCAAAGAAUGAGACUUGGGAUCUUGUCACUUCACCACUAAAUAAGAAAUUGGUUGGGUGCAAAUGGGUAUUUACUGUGAAGCACAAAGCUGAUGGUUCGAUUGAAAGGUUCAAAGCAAGACUGGUGGCUAAGGGGUUCACUCAAACUUAUGGAGUGGAUUAUCAGGAGACAUUUUCCCCUGUUGCAAAAAUGAACACUAUUAGAAUUCUUUUGUCUUGUGCAGUUAAUCUUGAUUGGGACUUACAAUAG